CUGAAACUGCUUUGGUUUGUACUUUGUAUUGUUGGUAUUGUUGAAUAUCUGUUAUCCGAUAAAGUGAUAAUAUAUAAAAACUUUAUCUGAAACUGCUUCUGGUUUAUUAUUAUUAUUAGUUUUUCUGGAAAAAUAAUAUAAAAUAAAAAAAUUACUUUUGAAGUGAUUUAAGUAUGAUUUAUCAAGUCUUGGAGGUUCUGGAUCUUGAUAGGAAGAGAUUGAAAUCAGUAUGGUAAGAUAAAUUUGAAUAAUGAGAAGGAAAAGUCUAGGGGCCAGUAGUUUUGUUGAAUUUUGGCCAACAUGUAACCAGCAGAGAAAGGUGAGUCAUUAGAUGAAAUCUCACACCAAUCUCACACCAUUAAAUCAUCAUUGAUGGCUAUUUGCUGGCUACCAAUAACAAAAGUUGCUGGCCCCCUAGCAUUGCUCGAGUGAGAAAAUGAAAGCAGAUUUGAAGUAUUAGAUUACUUCCGUCAUUGUAUCUGCUAUCUUUUAAUAGGUUUUGGUAUUGACAUCAUGAAGGUAACAUAUAAAUGGAGAAGUCUUGGAACUUGGGCGGUUAAGGUUAUAUUUCAAUUGUGUCAUCUGAUGGUCACUACUGUUUGAUUUGUCAAUAUGUAACAGAUUUCUGUCUACCAUGGUCUAGGUAUAAAGGUGGACCAGCAUUACCGAGGAAGUUGAUCUCGCAGGGUGCUGCACAGAAGCAAUAUAGUGUUGAGGUUCACCCACUCAUUUUGAAGUUGACUGGUGCCAGAGAUAACAGUGUGUCAACUGUAAAAUUAAGCAAAAAGGCGAACACAAGGGACCUAUAUGAACUGGUGUGCAAAAUCAAAGGAGUAGAACAAAAAAAGGCCUGUAUUUGGGAUUACUUCAAUUUAAACAAACAUUCAGUGCUAGCUGUUUCAGACAAGACAAGUAUGGUAGUAUUUUUUUUUAAUUGAUUGAAAAGACCGAAUAAACCGAACCAAAUCAAAUCGAUUUUAAUUGGUUUGGUUUGGUUUAGUUUGGAUGGUCUCGCUAAAAAAACCGAACCAAACCAAACCGCAAUUUAAUUAGAUGAUCGGAUCAGAUGACCUUCCUCUCAAAAACCGAACCAAACCGCACCGCGAACACCUCUAUUUCCAACUACAUGGGAGACCUUGACUUGUUUGUUCUGGGUGAGUUAUUUACUCCAAUCGUUCUGAUUCCUCUUUGUUUUUUCCUUGCCCUUCGUUUUCCCAAUUUGCUUUGUUUGCCGGUUGAUUAUUACUCACGCUUCCUUGUCUCUGUCUUUAUUAUUGUUUUUGGUUUUAAUUUUUAUGCCCUCAAACUGUUUGAUGAAAUGUCACAUUUAUGCUUCCAAAUAAGGAUGGGUCUGGUCUGGUGAGUGAUAGAAUGCACUCAUGUUUUCCCUUCCUUUGAUGCCUUGCGUAUAUCUAGCUCAGUGAUGUUGAUUGUUCUUCUAAAAUUAACUAAUUUUAGUUAUUUAUUUAUUUUUAAAAAGAAAAAAGUUGUAAGAACAUUGUAGUUUGGUAUGCUUGAGACCUAUGUAUAUGUAGCACCAAAUUGUGUAGUAGAGUAAUAGAAAUUGCUAAUUUUUGUUAACAUCAGGAGAAGCAUUAUUAAGAACUUUAAAAAGAGGUGGUAAUGCGUUAGAGCAGUUAGUUUGUUCCGAUGGGGUGGAGAUCACGUUCCUACACUGGCCUCUUUCUGUCAGUAGUAAGGAUUGCGAAGUCACAUUCGGUGCCGGUCUCUCAAAAGUCCAAAGUAUUUUAUUAUUCAGCUCCAGGUGUUUUAAAAGGUUGUUUUAGUAAUGGUUAUGUGAUGAAUUUUCAAGCAAUUAGAACAUAUGCUCGAGGUGGAUGCAAAGGUUAUGAUCUCUUUAGCAGCAGAAAACCAGGGAGUGCAGAUUUCAGGAAAGCCUGGGCGAAGGAGAUGGAUGAAGAUAACACUCUAUGGACAGGAAGCGAAGAUGAAACUGAUGAAGAAAAGGACUCAAAGAGUCAUCUUGAUAAAGAGAUUAGAAAGGCAAGACAGCAAGCUAAAGAACACGCAGAUCUGAUCGAUGCCGAUGACAGUGAUGAGUUAAGAAGUGUUUGGUCUGACACCGAUGAAGAGAAGACGCUGUGGACUGGUGAUGAAAUGGACAGUGAUGAUGACAUUCCUACAGAAGCUUAUCCAAAUGAAAAAAGUGAUAAGUACAUAGAUAAAUUGUUUGAGUUUGAUGAAAUGCCGAAAUAUAGAACCAUCUCAGAGAUGUUGAAAGCCGAACAAGAACCGGAAGAGUUGUCACCAGGAAAGCAAGCUCGGAAGAUCGCUGUUGAGAAUGCUCUCAAGAAACUAAAGAAAGGUCCAGAUGGGAGGUACACCAAUGUAUGGGAAGUAAUGAGUGACUUGGACAUUCUUAUUGGAGCAUUUGAGAAUGUUGUUUCAGGUCCAGAGUAUGCAGAGCUUUGACAAGGAGGGCCUAAACAAUUGAAUAUGCAAUUUUUCAAGGACAUACGAGCACGUAUGAGAGAUCCAAAUUACAAAUUCUCACCUGAGUUGAAAUUGAGACCAAAGAGUAAACUGGUUCCAAGAAAAAAAUGGCAAAAAGCACAGGCUAGAAGGAGAAAAGCACAAAAGAGGUAAAAGCCAAUGGGCUUACAUAGUAGUUUACCUUUGUACUACUUAUGCUACUUCUUUAAGGUAGUGUUUGUUUCCAGAGACUGGGAUUGGGACUUAGUAUUGUGUUUGGUGGCCAAAGACUGGAACUAAAAUUUCAGUCCCGGAACACAAAAUUCCCUUUAGUACGAGAAAAUGGGAACACAGGGGACUGAAAUUUUUGGGAAUGGAGAUAGAAACUUUGAUAACAUUUCCUUUCAAAAAUACCCUCAUUUAACUUUUCAAAUUCCAAAUCUCCCUUUUAAUCUCCGUAUUUAUGUUAAACUAAAUAUAAUAUGGAGACAUAACUCAGUUCAAUACAUUUUAUAUCAAACACAAUACAAAGACUUAAUUUAGUCUCUGUUUUCGAGUCUCAAUCUCCCUUCCAAACGUAGCCUAAUAGAUUAGAAUACAACAACAACAAAGGCUUGUCCCAUUAGGGUUGUUUCUGAGUUGGGUUUUACGGGAAAAAGGGAAGGAAAGGAAAGGCUUGUAGUGUUAAACUUUAAAUUUUUUACAUUACAAUUCCCUUCUUUUCCUACUCUUCCCAUCCCUCCAAAAUGCCAGCUCGCAAACAACCCUCUUAGGCAGGGUCGGCUGCAUAGUUUAGUCGAUUUAUAGUUAAACCUUUUUAAUAUUGGAUGAGAAUGAUGUAUACCAAGGGAUUAGAUAUUUCACUAUUUAAUCCAUGCAUGAAUAUUCUUAGUAUACAUAUAUACAGUGAUGGAGAAUU